GUAUUUGAUAUAUUUCAUGUUGAUAAUCUUGAUAUAUAUGAAGUAAUAUGGAGUUUGUGUACUUUAGUAAACAAUAUUUUAGGACACCUAAUUGUAUAAUAUAUUUUAAUAUAAUCUUCCAACACCAACCUUCAACUUGCACAAAUGGAAGAUCUUCACCGUACAAUACUUGUACCUUAUUAAAGGAGUAUUAAUAAUGGGGAAAAAUACCACAUAUUUUAUGUAUUAUAUAUACAAGUGUCUAUACAUAAAAUAUGGUCGACAAAAGUGCUCCAAUACGCUAUAAUUUUAUGAUAGAAUAGUAUGUUAUUUUAUACGGUAAUUACUAAAUCCAACUCUUAUCCUAAGGGGAAAAAAAGGACAAAAAAAAAGAACAAAAAGAAAAGAAAAUGAUGGUUGAGAAGACCCAAAUAAAACAACAACAAAAAAAUUAAAAAAAAAAAAUGAAAAAAAAAAAACUUUGGUCUCACGAGUUGUUUUCCUUAGGGCCGUUACCAAGUAAACAAGUCCCUUUUCCCUCUAAAACUAUUCAACCUAAUGACAUGAGAAUGUAAUAAAUAUAAAUAGCUUUCUUAGACUAAAUCCCACCCCCAAAUUCAUAAUCUUUUUUUCUUCAUUCAUCUUUUUUAAUUCUCCACAAACUUCUUCACUAAUCCACCAUUUUCAUCAUCAUUUCUCAAAUUUCUUCAUUAAUUUUCCAAAUCCAACAUUAUUCCCCAAAAAAAAAUACAUAAAGACUCAAUCUUUCAUUGCAUAGAUUGAUAGAUUACACCAUUUUCUACCCCCCACCCCCCCCCCCAAAAAAAAAAAAAACAGAGCAUUUUCCUCUGUUUUUCUUCCUCUAUUUUAGUACAAUUUGGUUGAAAAGAUGGCAAUUUGGUCAGGAAAAGGAUCAACAACAAAGAAAUUCCAAGUAAAAUUGAAGGGAUUUAAGCUUGAAGGAUUACCAAUUUUAGAAAAAGAAAGAGUAAAAAUGGCAAUUGAAGUGAUUUGGGAAGGAGCUCAAAAGUCUGGAUUUUCUUCAUUAUACAAGAAAUCUCAUCAAAAUCGAACUGAAUUUUCCAAUGAAAUUGAGCUUCUGAAAUUAGGUGAACCCAUUGAAUGGAGCAAUGAAUUCGAUCAUAUUUGCAGUUUUUCAAUCAAUUCUAAGGACCCCACUUCAUUUGCUCCUUGGAUUGUUUCAUUCCACAUACUUUCGGGGAAGAGUGAAGAAACGUCAUCAUCAUCAAUAACAUCAUCAAGCGGUAAAAUGCAAGUAAUAGGGAAGACAAAAUUAAAUUUAGGAGAAUUAGCUUCUAAUAAGGAGGCGCAAAUUCAGCAAAAUUUACCCAUUUCCUUAGAAUUGGAUGGAGUUUCCAUGGAACCUUCUCUUCAAGUAGUUGUGAGCUUGAUAGAGAUGAAAAACACCUCACACUCGCGCACAUUAUCUCACGACUCGUUCGGAAUCGUACAAAACUUGAGUGACCAAGCGAGUUUGCUAAGGAGAUUCAAUAGUCAAGGGGCUUCAUUAACACAAGAGAAGGCUAAGAAAAACAAGCCUAGGCUAUUUGGGAAGCAACUUAGUUUGAAGAACUCGGGAGAGUCUUUAGCUACUACAUUCAACUCCGAGAGUGAGUAUGUGGUUGUAGCAUCCAGCAGCAAAAGCGGCGAUGAGUCAAACAAUUCGAUGACUGAGUCGAAGAGCUCGAUGAGCUCGGAGACUCAGUUGGACUUGGUGAAGAAAGGAGGGUUUUGGAAAUGGAAGAGAAGAAAAUCCAUGAAGAAAGUUGAUCCCAAGGCUGAAUCUAUUGUGGAUGCUGAUGCUGAGAAGUCUUGUAAUCCUAGCAGUUGGGAAGAAAGGGAAUUGGUGAGCAGAGAUGGGAAAACAAAGCUCAAAGCCAGUGCAUUUUUCGCCUCGUUUGACCAACGAAGUGAGAAGGCAGCAGGGGAGAGUGCAUGCGCUGCAAUUGUGGCAAUCAUCGCCCACUGGCUCCAACUCAACAGAGUCAUGUCGUUGACAGGACCAGAGUUCGAUCGCCUCAUCACUGAGGGCUCCUUAGAGUGGAGAAAGCUUUGUAAUGACGAAUCAAACAACCCUGACCGCCAUUUUGAUCUUGAAACCAUUAUAAGCGCUGAACUCCGACCCCUUGCUGUCCUUUGGAACAAUUCUCGAUUUGGGUUCUUCCAUCCUGAGGAGUUCGACCACUUAAAAGACGCUGCUUCCUUUGAUGAAAUUUGGAAAGAAAUCAAUACAGACGUACAUGAGUUAGAGCCAAGAGUCUAUAUUGUGAGAUGGAACGAACAUUUCUUUAUACUAAAGGUUGAGGCUAACGCGAACUACAUCAUUGACUCCCUAGGAGAGCGGCUUUAUGAAGGGUGCAACCAAGCAUAUGUCCUAAAAUUUGAUGAUUCAACAUUAAUGCUUGAGAAGAACGACGAGGAAAAGGAGGAGAAAGGCGAAGAUAUGGUGAUUUGUAGAGGAAAGGAGUGUUGUAGGGAGUACAUGAAGAGGUUUUUAGCCGCUAUUCCGCUGAGAGAGCUGAAAGAAGAAGAGGCUAAGGGCAAAACAAUUGAUGUGUUUGCAUUGUACAAGAGGCUACAGAUUGAUUUUCAUCUGAGUUCUAACAAUUCUUCUGCUGCUUCUACAGCUAAUACUUCUAUUACACCAUCUCCUGAUACCGAGCCUCACUUACUUGGUGAUGGUGAAUGUGUACAGAUUUAGACUAUAGUUUCAUUGUGUAUAAAUGUUGUUAUUACUUUGUUUUGGUUAGAAAUUUAGUUUAGGAUAAGAAAACCUCUUGGAUGUGCUGGUGAGAAGUUCAAUUCUGACCAUUUUUCAAUUGAUUGAAAAGUUUUGUCCAUACAAUUGAGAAUAAUUAAUUAAAAAAAUAAAUUACUCCCUUCAUCCCUAAACAUCUUCAGAAACUGUCUAGCAAACAUGUCUGCGCUUUCAAAUUAAAGUUCUUUUGACCUAAUUUUCUACAUUUUACAAUAUGAAUCUUCAUCGUCACUUAACCACAAACUCUAGAUUUCUCUUACGAAAAUCUAUAGUCCAAGAUACAAACUCGGAAUUAAAAAGGAAAAAAACUUUAAACAGCUAACAUGUUAGGUACCUAACACACUCGUCAUAGA